ACUGUCGAUAGGGAGCUGAGGAGUGAAGAAAAACGUGAAGCCUUUAAAUCCUUCAGAAGAAGUUGGGAGAGGUGCACCUCUCUCUGUCCCUCCAUCGCUUUGCCUGUAUGGAUGAUCAUUUCAACCUCAUUGACUCACCUUCGGCGCGGCACCGAGGAAAUAACGCCGACAACCAUGGAUACGCUGAAACGGAAAAAGGUAGUAUGACAGUGGUAGCUGACAUGCUGGAGGAGACGGCUGCGCUCCCCAGCCACCUGUCGUUGGAUCGAUAUGAGCCAAAUCACGAGUGUUGCGAAAGAGUGGUCAUCAAUAUCUCAGGCUUACGCUUUGAGACACAACUCAAAACUUUCAAUCAGUUUCCCGACACCUUGCUUGGAGAUCCGAAAAAAAGGAUGCGUUACUUUGACCCCCUCAGGAACGAGUAUUUCUUUGACAGGAAUCGACCAAGCUUCGAUGCCAUUCUUUACUACUACCAAUCAGGCGGGCGCAUUCGGAGACCUGUCAAUGUUCCCAUUGACAUUUUCUCCGAGGAAAUUAGAUUUUAUCAACUUGGCGAAGAAGCGAUGGACAAAUUUCGUGAGGAUGAGGGUUUUAUCAAAGAAGAGGAGCGCCCUUUGCCAAAUCAUGAAUUUCAGAGGCAGGUUUGGCUUUUGUUUGAGUACCCGGAGAGCUCGGGUCCAGCGAGGGGCAUCGCCAUUGUGUCUGUUCUAGUCAUUCUGAUCUCUAUCGUGAUUUUCUGCCUAGAGACUUUACCUGAAUUUAGGGACGAUAAAGACCCAGUCACCGUGGCGCCGAUUGUAAACGGAACUGGCCCGUAUUGGUCGAGCUCUUUCACCGACCCUUUCUUUGUGAUUGAGACGCUUUGUAUUAUCUGGUUCUCAUUUGAGUUGCUCGUACGCUUCUUUGCUUGCCCAAGCAAAGCCACUUUCUCCAAAAACAUUAUGAACAUAAUCGACAUUGUGGCCAUUAUCCCUUACUUUAUUACCCUGGGCACAGAGUUGGCCGAGAGACAAGGUAACGGACAGCAAGCCAUGUCUCUCGCCAUCCUUCGUGUAAUCCGACUGGUGAGAGUCUUUCGCAUCUUCAAGCUCUCGCGCCAUUCCAAGGGCCUACAGAUUCUUGGGCAGACAUUAAAAGCCAGCAUGAGGGAGCUGGGACUUCUCAUUUUCUUCCUUUUCAUUGGAGUCAUUUUAUUUUCUAGUGCCGUAUACUUCGCAGAAGCGGACGACCCUGCCUCGAGUUUCAGUAGCAUCCCAGAUGCGUUCUGGUGGGCUGUGGUCACCAUGACUACAGUUGGCUAUGGAGACAUGCAUCCAGUAACCAUUGGAGGGAAAAUUGUUGGUUCACUAUGCGCGAUUGCUGGUGUUUUGACUAUCGCGCUGCCUGUCCCCGUCAUUGUUUCAAAUUUCAACUACUUUUACCACCGGGAAACUGACGGGGAAGAACACGCGCAAUACCUCCACGUUGGUAGCUGCGAGCACUUAAACUCCACGGAAGAACUGAAACGGACGCGUAGCACGUCAUCACUCAGUAAAUCGGAAUAUAUGGUGAUAGAGGAAGGGAUAAAUAGUGGAUUUAAGCAACCGAACUACACAAAUCAGAAUAAUCAAAACUGCGUGAAUAUCAAAAAGAUUUUCACUGACGUGUAAAUCAAAUAGCUCACACUUCAGCGACAAAAUCAGCGACAGUUGCUAUCACACCAAACCAAGGCUAUAUUCCAGGAGACGAUGCUUUUUUGCAGACCCUGCAAGUGGCGUGGAACGUACAAAAUAAAUCAUUGCGCUUUUGCGUAUGAGAACGUGCCAAACUAAACCUGUUGGUCUGCAUUUGUUCAGUAUUUCGCUUUCUCUUCAGAGGUUUAAAGCGGACAAAGGUCAGAUCGGGUACUUUAAAUAAAUACAAAUUAUAGGCCUAUAUAUAAUGUGUGUGAUCGUAAGUCUGCGUUUGUUCUUGUUCUCAGUGUUACCUAUAAUCGUCAUAAUUCGUUAGUAUUCGCAAUAUCCUACAUUUUGUGGCGAAGUUUGACGAUCGAAUAAAGGUCUUUUAAUGUUAUUAAACGAAAUAUUUUCGGAGGUUCUGUGUUAGAAUGUCACAUGUAUUUUGUUUAGUAUAUCUAAGUGAAGAUUCAAUAUUUUAACAAAACUGAAAAUAUAUAGAAAGAAAAUCAAACUACAUAUAGCUGACUGUAUGUCUUUAUUAAACAAACUGCCUUUGCCUAUACCAAAAAUUUAAUUCUGCUAUAUUGAAUGAAAGAAUACAUUGUUUUCGCUCAAAAUAAUGCUUUAUUUUGUGAUAUAAAAUCAGUGUUGGGAAAAAAUUAAUCUAAAUUUGUGAAGUGCUGUAAACAAGCUACGCUAUACCCCAAAACUGUAAGUACACCGUUUCCUUGUAUAUCUCCCAAACUGUUACCCUUCUUAGAGAGACAGAGAGAGAGAGAGAGAGAGAGAGAGAGAGAGAGAGAGAGAGAGAGAGAGAGAGAGAGAGAGGCGGCUUUAAAAAAAAAAGAAGGAAAAGGAAAAAAUAAAGACACGUUUGGAUUCAUCUUGUACCUGGCAUGGAGAAAAGAAUCAAACUCACCAAAUGAGGAUACGCCUCCCAGUCGAAGUCCCUGAGUCCGCCUUGUGAGGCAGUCUCCAUAGCGACUACAGUUUCCUGGGUAACCCCAGUUAAUGUUACCGUGGCACCAUUCGCUGUUGCUACAGCAACACUCCAGAUGGUUCACAACGCUUGACUGGCAAUACAGAGCUAGAUACAGACCUAACUUUGAUGAGGGAAAAGGGAAAACUUCAUUUGAUAAAUUGUUUUCUUUUAAUAUUGUAGUUAUUCAUCCAGUUCAGCAAAAGUUUUUAUAUUAACAAACAUAAAACAUACAAAGAGUGAAACAUAGGUUUUAUGAUACUGUUCUUUAUCUGGCUUAAAUUGUGUUUGCUAACACUAUCUCUGUGUUUGUGUUGACUGCUAUGUAAGAUAAGGAAAUCUUUAACAUACUUAAUUUCAUAAGCCCCAGUUUAUUCUGUUUGUGAUCUUGGCCGUUAUUUACCAAAAUUUAAAAACAAAAUUUACAAUUAUUACUUAAUGCAUUAUUGGGCCCUGGAUGACUGGGCAUUCUGAUUACUUUGGCUCACUUGCAACCCUUCUCAUCGACUUGUGUCAUCGUGCACUUCAUGGGUUGCCACACUGCCUGGAAGUGUCUGAACUGUCAGUCAGAGCACCGUGAACCAUCCUUGUGAGGGUGCGUAUUUGAGUGUGUGUGCUUCUUCGAGUUCUGCAAUCCUCAAUUACAAAGAAAACAAAGAUUUGAAUAUUCAAUAUAUUUUCAAGUGAUUAAAGCAGAUCAGCAGUUUCAUUCAUGACUUGGUAGUAAUAUUUAGCAUGUUAGCAUGUAAUCUGUUUAUUGGCAAAAUGGCUGAUUAAAAACUAUAAGCCUGGAAAAUACA